GCCACUCACCGCUCUUUCUCGCUCUGGCACCGCCCCUUCUCGCUCGCUUUCAAAUUUACCCGCCUCUCGCAACAUCCGUUUGCGUCCAUGGACUUAAAAGUGACGGGGGGAAACGUCAUUUCCGCCAGAAACAGGAAAUUAGCUACAGGAUAAACUUGAUCGAGCAGGAUAGCUGGCGUUUCUUCUCUAUGGUUAUCUCCGGUGGUUCACCGGUUCAGCAGCCGCUCGCUGAAGCUGUGAGUUACAGACCGGAAGGAGCCCUUGGGAGCGAAGCUUGUUCUUCUUCCCUGAUGGGAGUAAGGGGAGUCGGUCCAGUUGGCAUGCCGCAGACUGAUGUUUGCCCUCCAGGGACUCUCUGAGCGCGGCUGUUCGAGUCCGCAACGGGGCAGAAGACUUGGCUCAAGGGCUAUGCGGUCCGCUCACCCCAAUAGAAACUGCUGUGGUUUAACUCGGAAAUAAACUCCAUUGAAUUCUGCAAGAUUUACUUAUAACUACAAUUUAGGGCAAGACUGCAAAGAAAGAACCCAGCUCAAAUUUAAUCUCCCCUAGGACUUCGCUAGAGAGUUGUAGGAAACCACUGUAGUGCAAGAGGGGGAUAAUGACUGAUAAUGACUUGCUAUGGCUCUUCCAGAAUAGAUAUCUAAAGCAGUGAACUCUCUCGGCUGUAUUAAUUUAAUUAUUGUUAUAAUUGUCAAAUCUUUAAGCAAAACUAACUUUUGUUUGCACAAAUGUUUUGAUGUGUUCAGAACUACGGUCUACUUAUGCAAUUUAUGUUUUUAAUUUGAAUCUUAGCCUAACAUUCAAACCAAAUUUUACUUAUCUUUGAUAGCUACAGGAACAGUGAAUGGUCUAUGACACAGUAUAGGAUUUCGUAUAUUAAUAAUUUUUCACAGUAUCUCCAAGUAUCUAUUUUCCGCAUAUCAUUAUUGCUAUUUUUCUUUUUUUUUCUUAUGCAAAAUAUUGAAUACUGAACACAGGAAAGUAUCUUAUCAUUGGCUUUAAGAAAUAGUCUUAAUUUUAAUAAACUGUUAAUUUCUUAAAGCAGUGGCAUCUUUUUUCCAGAUUCACAUGGAUGCUUGAAAAUGAUCAGUCUCUUCAACAGAGGAGAGAUGCUGUGCUCAUAGAAAGUCCUACUUUCACAGAAUUGAAUUAAAAUAUUUGACAGUGGGUAAACUAAUGGUUUAUGCAACACUUCUCUAAAGAUUUAUUUCUCUGGUUCCCCCCUUCCCCCGCCAAGGAAUACAGUUUUUAAUUCAUUUGGAAGAAUUAAGCCAAAGCAGACAAUGUCAAUUGUAUGUUAUCUGCCAGCUGGCUGGAUGCUAGAUCACCUCUCUUUCAUAAAUAAAUCUGGAUACUAUUUUUGCCACACUCUUGAGCAGUCAGCUAAGGAUAGUUCUGACAAUACUGCUAUUCCUGCUUCCUCCGGUACAAGUUUGAUUCCUAUAAAAUCAUGUACAAAAAAAAAAUAUCCCGAAUUUAGAAACUCGGGAGAAAAAUGUAAUCAGAAAGUAAAGAGGACGUACUUAUUUCUAGAAGAAUUUUUUAAUGUACUUAAACCCCAUAUUCCUGCAAGCUUCCAGACGGAAAAGCAUGGUCUAGAAACUAGUAUAUCUAAACAGCAGAAAAAUGACAAGGACAAGAAACCUAUUAUUACAGUUAAGGCUAAAAAGAAACGGAAAAGAAGCAGUGAACUUAAUCAUGGUGAAAGUGAUAUCUUAGAGUAUCAUUUAAAGAUCAGUGGCAUAAUUUUGGAUGGGACCAGAUGUUUACUCCAGGAGGCACGCAGAAGUGGUUUCCUUCAGCCUAAUUCUAUAGACCAGUUUUAUGUCAAGGCAUCUGACAAAGGACCCAAUAAUUGCAGUUUGGCUGAGCUUUGCGAGAUGGCCAAAUGUUUCGUUCCUAUGAAUGAAAGAGAGCAAAAAUGUGUAAUAGACAAGGAAACCUCUGACCCAGAACAAGUUCAAUUAACCUGUGUUACUGAAAAUAAUACAAACAACGCAAAGAUGUUAACAUUAAUGGGACAGAACUACUUAUUUCCCCCCAGAAGUGCAUUUCUUUUAUCAGAUUUUUCGUGUAUGCAGCCACUUUUGAAUUAUAAAAAGAAGUAUGACGUAAUUGUUAUAGACCCACCAUGGGAGAACAAGUCUGUUAAAAGAAGCAAUAGGUAUGGUUUCUUGUCUCACUGGCAAAUCAAAGAAAUUCCUGUCCCAGCAUUGGCAGCUCCAAAUUGCCUCGUGAUCACAUGGGUGACCAACAGACAGAAGCAUUUACAAUUUGUAAAGAAUGAGCUUUAUCCUCACUGGUCUAUACAUGGUAUUGUUGAAUGGUUCUGGGUAAAAAUUACAAAGUCUGGAGAAUUUGUGAUUCCAUUAGAUUCUCUUCACAAAAAGCCAUAUGAAAUUCUUGUACUGGGUAGAGUCCAGGGAAAUACAGAUGUACCACUAAGGCUUUCAGAAGAUGAAACGUUUUCUGCAAUUCCUGAUCAGAAAAUAAUUGUUAGUGUACCUUGUACUCUUCAUUCGCAUAAGCCUCCUCUUUCAGAGAUUUUGAAAGAAUAUACCAAGCCAGAUGUAGAAUGUUUAGAGCUGUUUGCCCGGAAUUUGCAACCUGGAUGGACCAGUUGGGGCAAUGAAGUCCUUAAAUUCCAGCACUUGGACUACUUCACUGUUUAUAAUGAUGAUAAUAAGGAUGAUGAUGACUAGCAAAUUAUAAUUAUUUUUGAAGGAUUUUAUGUCUGAGUUCGGAAUUUCACCUUUGCUAACCCUAACUCUACAUUGUGAGAGAUAUGUAAACAACCUGGAAUAGUUUUCAAGAACAGCUCUACAUUAAUUAAAGGUCAAACAAUAACAAGGAUGGAACUGGUUAUUCCAUGCUUAGAUUGUAGAAGUCUUUGCUAACAAUAAUUGGAGGCGAAGGUACCAGCAGUAUGAUAUCUCUACAGUAGGACCUCUCCUGGAACAGUCAAUCCAACAUCUCACAUCUGUCGGUUACUGUCAGUAACUGUCGGUAUUGUUGGUAUUUUGCCUCCUAUUCCCAUAAUCCUCCCAGGAAAAUUCUGGAUCAUACCUGCACAUCCAGCCUCUGGCUCUUUGAAAAAUUGGCUGCCAUCAUUGAAAAACUUUCACUUACAUGUUACAUAUUGCUUAUUUAUAACUUCUAGUUCUGUCAUUAGAAGUGUUUUAUAUUUUUAUGUUUUGAUGUUUUGAUUUUCCUAUUUUGACCAAAAGGGUUAAAAUGAAAAUUAAAAUGUAACUACAUAGUUUUUAGCAUUUUCUGACUUGGAAAUAAUGGCUUUAUAAAUGUAAUUAAAGCUUCUCAUAAUAAUAUCCCAUUUUUAAUUUAAUUUUUAAAAAUUCAAUUUCAGAAAUAUGUUUACUUCCUAUGGUAUUUACUGGCUUAUUUAUUCAGUUAUAUGAUUUAAGUUGUGUUUUUUGUUGUUUUGAUAGCAACAAGGCUAAAAGAAUAACUGGUUUGUGUGGUGUCUUUUUAAAAAAAACGGUAGGAUGCAAAUCUGAACAGAAGGAAAGAAUAUAUCAGUGUACCUUUUACAACACAGUCUUCUACUUAAUUCCAUUGAAAUAAUAGCUACUCAGUUAAAAGGGCUUGAUUUCCUGUCAAGGGAUAAAAUAUUGCAUCUCUAAUCUUCAUAUAUACAGUCAUGUUCUUUGAUCAUACAGUAUUCACAGACAUACAACUGGUUUUACAUUAUUUAUCUCUAUUAAAGUCUUGGAAAAUUCUUGGGUCAAUGUAUAGUAGAAAAGGUGUUCUCUUUGCAGGACAGUAUACUAAGAAGUUGGGGCACAUAUUGGGUUUUGAAAUUAAGGAUGAUCAGUACUUAAUGUUUUGGAACAUUUUUACUUUAAAAGAAGGAAUAAAAUACUUAACUAGAAGUAAUUAUAAGUCAGACUAGUUUUUUAAAAAAUCCAUGAAUAUGUAAUUUUUAUUUUUUAUUUAUUUGUUAAAUUUAUUUGCAGCCCCAUCAAGGGGCUAUCGUAAGUGGCUUAAACAGUAAAAAUAGAAGCAUGAAGUAUAAGCAGUAGAAAAACAAUAAAAUUAUAAAAUAAACAAUGAUAAUGCAAUAAUAUGAGAUUAAAAAAUGGGCAGAGAAAGCAGAGAAAUGGUGUGGGGGAAACGUGAGCUUUGCUAUUAAUCUAAUAGCUACUUCCUGUGUGUUACUGCCUCAUUGGAUUUCAAGGAUUUUUCUUGACUUCAUAUUGGAUUUAAUCUAUUUGUGGUUCACAGCAGUGACAAUACCUUCAAUUUAAGCAUACUUUGAUGAUUCAAUAUGAGCCAGAUGCUUGUGGUACUUGAGCUGUUUUCUAAUUUAUUGGAAUCCAUUAUGAAAUGUAAACCUACAACAUGUCUUCAACAAAAGUUAAAGAACAUUUUUAAAGUAGAAUCCAUCAGAGUUUAUGAAUUUUGGAUUAAAGAACCGGAAUAUCUGACAUUCUUGUUAAGAACCAUGGUGGCACAAUGGUUAGAAUGCAGUAUUGCAAGCUAAUUCUGCCCACAGCCAGGAGUUCGACCCUGACUGGCUCAAGGUUGAUUCAGCCUUCUAUCCUGAGGUUGGUAAAAUGAGAACCCAGAUUGUUGAGGACAAAUUGCUGACAUUUAUAAACCGCUCAGAGAGUACUGUAAAUUACUGUAUAUAAAUUGAAGUGUUAUUACUAUUGUUCUUUGUUACAUAUGUCCCAAGACACAACUUAAGAGUAAAAAAAAAUGUUCCAAUAUUUAAAGUGAACAAGAAAGCAUGAUGUGUUGCAGUUGUCUGAUAUUAGAGAAGACAAAUUACUUUUUUAAAAAUAAAUUCUAAAUUCAGACUUACUUUAUCUCAGUGAAUGUUAUCAGAUUUUUUUAAAAUGAAAGUGAAGGAUUGAACUUGAUCUGAAAAUGUCAAAUUAGCAUUUGACCUUUUCUUAUUUUUAUAGCCUAUAAGCAAAACAUAGUUGGUAAUGUUUUCUGAGAUAUUUUUUUUUAAAAAAAUAGAUAAUCUCACAGAGGUGAAUGAUUCAAUUAAACUUUUACAGAAAUAUUCUGGCAAGCUCUAGAGGAACCCAGUAUGAGAAAGUUAAAUUGGAUGUAGAUAAAAAUACCUGUGCAUGAUUAGUUAUUUUCAUUCAGAGGCCGUGCCUACAGUAACAUUAAUGAUAAAAAUCAAAAUUCAGUUGGAAGAGGAAGAUUCUUUAAAAACUGCUAUAAUUAUAAGGCAAUUAAAAUAUUGAUUUUUAAAUGUUUAUUAUGAUGCAAAAUAGUUAGAAUUUCUAUAUAUAAAACAUUAUGGAAGAUGUGAUGGAUAUUUAUAAAAAAGAUGCAUGCUGCAGAGAACACUUCUAAUUCAGAUGUACAAGAUUUGUGUAGUCAUCUGUAAUUUAAGGGACUGCAGGUUUACCUACAAUCUGACAUUGCCAGCUCAUGCACUUCAAUGGAGAAAUGAAAUGUCUACCAAAGAUAUAGAUAGAAAAAUAUUAAUGAAUCUUGUGAAUCAUUCCCUUGCCUUCCUCAUAAAUUCUCCUAGCAAAGUGUGAAAUUAUUGUUGUUAUGGUUCAUUGCAUGAUGGAUGUUUAGACUGGAUUUGUCAUUUUUGUCCACCUAUUGAGUCUUUCCCAAGGACCUGGGCUAGGCAUAUCUUGAGAUCUGACAUCACAGGAUGAAAGUUGUACUGAAUAAAGCCGCCUUUUACAAUGGA